AUAGUGCAACCGUUACUAUUAGUUGUAUGAUCUUUAAUUGGUUGAUGAGUAAAGCAAACUAUUACAAAUUAUUUUUAUUUCUUGUACUUUAAGUGUAGGCAUGUAGAAAAAUGUAACACCUUCAUCCACUUACAAGUCAAGCCAUAAACUCUUCCAAAUCCUUCAUUUUUCAAAGCUAAUCCAUGCUAUAUAUAUUAUAACCAAAGUAUUCAUAUGACUUAAUCAAAUCAAACCAAAACCCUUUGCAAUAUAGAUCCAACAAAUAGGGAAGAAAAAUAUGGACAAAUUCUUCUUGGUUUCCUUACUUGGUUUGUUGAUAGUAGCGAAUGGAGUUUUAGGAAGCAUGAUGUGUGACAACAACUUUGGCAUGCUUGAAGAACUCAACAACUUGGACACGGAGGAAGAGAAUGAGGUUGAACUUUCUGACAUCCCUUCAUGGACAAGCGAACGUGGCGGUAAAGUUCUUGUGAAUGUUGAUAGUUUUGGUGCUGUCGGAAAUGGAGAAGCUGAUGAUACUGAGGCUCUUCAAAAAGCAUGGGGAGUUGCUUGUUCUACAGCAAAAUCUGUUCUAUUGGUUCCCCAAGGACGCCGUUACCUUGUCAAUGCAACGAAAUUCAUAGGGCCUUGUAAAGACAAUUUAAUCAUCCAGAUUGACGGAACACUGGUUGCUCCGGACAAUCCUAAGGACUGGGAUCCAAAACUUCCACGUGUUUGGCUUGAUUUUUCAAAGUUGAAAAAAGCUGUUUUCCAAGGUUCUGGAAUUAUUGAUGGCUCAGGAAGUAAAUGGUGGGCAGCAUCUUGCAAAAAGAACAAGGCUAAUCCUUGCAAAGGUGCACCAACAGCACUAACCAUUGAUACAAGUUCAUCUAUAAAGGUGAAAGGACUAACUAUCCAGAAUAGCCAACAGAUGCAUUUUACGAUAUCGAGAUGUGAUUCUGUUCGAAUUUUAGGAGUGAAAGUGUCUUCACCAGGAGACAGUCCAAACACUGAUGGAAUUCAUAUUAGUGAAUCAACAAAUGUCAUUGUCCAAGACUGCAAAAUUGGAACAGGGGAUGAUUGCAUAUCAAUUGUGAAUGCUAGUUCUAAUAUCAAAAUGAAGAGAAUUCAUUGUGGACCGGGACACGGAAUCAGCAUUGGAAGCCUUGGUAAAGACAACUCAACAGGUGUAGUGACAAAAGUGAUUUUGGAUACAGCUUUUAUAAAGGAUACUACCAAUGGUCUCAGAAUUAAGACUUGGCAGGGAGGUGCUGGAUAUGUCAAAGGGGUAAGAUUUCAGAAUGUGAUGGUGGAAAAUGUAUCAAACCCUAUUCUUAUAGAUCAAUUUUACUGUGAUUCGCCAACCUCAUGUCAAAACCAGUCAUCAGCUUUGGAGAUAAGUGAGAUAAUGUACCAAAACAUAACUGGGACUACAAAUAGUGCCAAGGCCAUUAAAUUUGAUUGCAGUGACACUGUUCCAUGCAGCAACUUAGUCCUUAGCAAUGUGAAUUUGAAUAAACAAGAUGGCACAGUUGAAACAUAUUGUCACUCAGCUCAAGGAUUUGGAUAUGGUGUAGUUCAUCCUUCUGCUGAUUGCCUUAAUUCCAGUGAUAAAAUCUCUCAAGUUGAUGAUUCUCAAUCUAUUACUUCUGAGGAUGAUGACAUUCGUCACACAGAACUAUAAUUAAAUAUCGCCUCUUGAUACAGAUGCAUUAUACAAUAAUCAUUUUCUUAGAAAUCGGAGAGUUAUGACAAAAAAAAAUACAAUAACCUUUUGAUUAUAAUUUAAUAUGUCAAAAGGGGGGGUGUAACUAUAGCAGUGAUAUGUUUGAGAUGAGUUCAGAGACAAAUUAGGGGGUGUAAUAUAAAAAUAAUUAGGAAUUACAUUGAAUUUUAUUAUUACAGAAAAUAGGUAACACUCUACAUUGGAGAUUAAGAAGAUGAAGAAAAGAAGACAUCAGAUUUAGAAUAUUGAUGUAAAUUUUUAUUUUAAAUCCUACUAUAUUGUGUUUCCAUAUUUGUUGUAUAGUGAUAUAUUUUACGGGCUUGUGUUUACAAUUCUUGCAACUACUUACCUUCUUGGUUGAUUUUUGUUGAUGUAAUAUAUAACUUAUAUAAGAUAUGGUAAAAGUUUAUUUUGACAUUGAAAUGGAAUAUUUCCUUCUUUUUGACUAUUUUUUUCAAAUGAAAAAGAAAAAUAAAGAUAGUAUAUUGAUGCCAAA